ACUCAAUUGGCUAUCCCUCUGAAGCUUAUCUACUCAAGUCUUUUUUCUUGCUUCCCUUUUCCCUUAUUUAUUCUUGUAUCUGGACUUCCAACACUCUGGUCAUCUGAAGAAGUGGGUUGUGCCCAUGAAAGCUCAUGGUACCACCUACUUGUUUUGUCAGUCUCAAGUGCUACUCGACUACUAGUAAUAGUGUUUGUUGACUGAAAAUACCUCUUAAAAGGUGGGUUUGAAGCCUCAUUUAGGAGGAAGUUUUAGAAUGGAACUUGCUAAUCUCUUUUCAUGUUGAAAGUAGUUGGCGUAUAGAGAUAUUUACACAAGGCACCUGAACAGAUGUCCUUAUGUCUGCCUAGUGUGAAUUAAGUAGGCCUAAUGGACAAAGCGUAUGACUUUGCUUUCAAGGAUACCUUCUGAGUUGCUGGCCACAACAGUCUCUUUCUCACUUAGUCUAAACAUCCUUCUUUUGUUUGUAGAUAUGGCUCGUGGACAGCAGAAGAUUCAAUCGCAGCAGAAAAAUGCCAAAAAGCAAGCUGGACAGAAAAAGAAACAAGGACAUGAUCAGAAGGCUGCAGCCAAGGCUGCCUUAAUAUAUACCUGCACUGUCUGUAGGACACAAAUGCCGGACCCCAAGACCUUCAAACAGCACUUUGAGAGCAAACAUCCUAAGACCCCCCUGCCUCCAGAAUUGGCUGAUGUUCAGGCAUAAAGUUGUUUACAGGUGAAUUCAUGGCACCUAUUAACUUGUCUACAGUCAAGCCCUACAUAACAAAUCUGCACCUGCUUUUCUAACAAACUGUUGAUCAGCAAAACUGAAGGGGUUACAGAAACAUUCAUAUUUUUAUGCUGUUCCCUCUUGAGCUUCAUGCAAAGACGAUUCUGUGUAAAUGUACAGUUGUGCCCUAUUUGGAUAACCUGAAAAUCAGUCCAUACUUGUUAUAAACAUUUUUUACGAUUGUAAUUAUACUGAUGUUCAUAUUGUGUAAAAUAACUCAUUUAAUAAAGUAGUACUUUGAUUUUUACAAUAUCACAGGUUAAAUGCUUGUAGAAGUUCUGUUUUAACUUUCCAUAUUAUCUGUCUUAUAAAACCCUGAUGAGGCCAAAGUGGAAUUUUUGUCCAUCCUGCCAGAAACUUGUGCGGUUUCAUUCCACCAAAAGUAAUGUGCAUUAUGAUAAGCUGAGCUAAAACUAACCUAAGAAGGAAACUGCUUAUGUUUACCUUCCAAUACUCUGCCAGCUUGAGCUCGGUUAUUAAAAUUUAAUUUCUAGAGGCGUAGCCAACUUCUUAAAAGCUGCAUUAGAAUUAUGGGACUUCUUUUUUUGUUCUAUUUAUUUAGGGAGUGUCAAUACUACAAGCCAUUUAGAACAGUUCUCCUUUGCUGCAAGGGAACUUGUUCCUUCUAUUCAAGCACUGGAGCAACUCUUCUUAGACAAGUGAACCUUAAUGUUUGGUAGGUGGCUGGCAAAGCUAAGACAGAAUACAAUUUAAUGUAAUAUUUCUAGACAUGCUUAUCUGAAUAAUAUUCAUAAUAUUCACAAAUGUUCUAUCCAGUUAAAGUAACUGCUCUUCAUUUAUAAUAUUCAGUCUGUAAGUGCACAUGAGCAAUCAGGCACAAUUCUACUCUUCUCCCCCCCCCCCCCCCCCCCCCCUGGUUAUUUUAGUAGCAACUUUUUUCAAGAAGUGUGCAAAGUAAUCAAACUCCAUUGAUUCACUUAUUUGACAGUAAACUUAAAAUAAACUUGUUAGAAAGCACUCAAAAGCCGAAUGACUAACUGGAAGUGAUGUAGCUAGUUAAACUUAAAUCAGUCCUGACUUACCAACAUUUCCAGGGAAAAUUUUAGGCUUUACCUAAAACUCCUAAAUGAGAGCAAUUAAGGACAGAUUUAACUGUCAAAAUAUCAUGGGCUGAAUUCUAAUCUUAGAUACAGAGUGCAAGUGAGGGGAAAUAUCUAAAACUGAUGUAUUUGAAUUGGGCUGAAGCGUCUGCAGUAUAGUAGCCAUCCUAAAUACGUUUGAGGUUGUUCUGCCAAAGAACAGAUCUUAAAUUCAUUAGACAGAGAGGGGCAAUAUAAUGAAUUUCUGAGAAAUUGGGUGAUACAAUAGCUAACCUCAUUUCUUCUAGACCAAACCAAGUAACCUUUAUACACGUUGAACACAUUCUUUGAUUUAAUGAAAUUCACUUGAAAUAGUGGUGAUUUUGGUAUACCUAGUCAAAUAUAGCCUCUUUUAAUGUCCACAUUUCCUCUUAAUGAAUUACUUGUCAGGCUAGCCUCCCUCGCUCUUUACUGUGACAUUAAGUUUGUAUCCCUGUAAAAGUUCACUUCGGCCUAAAACUUCAUUGUAAUAUGCCCACUUUGACAUCUGUAUACCACUGGCUUUUUAUAGAAAUGCUGUUCACUUGCUGAAAAUAAUCCAGUGCUGCACUAGUAUGCCUGACAUUAGAAUGUAGCUCUUAAUUUUUUGUUAAAGUUAAUAACUGCAGCCUGACAGCUUGACUCCCACAAGACAAGAAAUCUGCCUUUCAACUUGGUGCUGGUACCUAAAUGUUUUCAUAAUAGAGUUUGUUCAAAAAUAAGAUGCAUAUACACUGAGGAAAAUGUUCCUUGCAUUGAUACUUGGUAGUCUGGUCAUCUUCAUGAUAAGGUUCUGGGAUGCAUCCUUAAAAAACCCCCAACACUGACAUGUUCUGUUGCUUAAUUUACAGAUUAUGUAGCAAAUGUAAUUAAUGAGCAAAUAAGGUGGCUGGAAAGCAUCAUCAUACUGGUAGGACAAAUUAACCUACUUUAUAGGAAUUUUGUUGCAGUUUGCAAACUGACAAUCUAAAACUGCAUAACCAUUGGUUGUUUUUGGUAAAGGCCAGGAUGAUCGUUAGUUUUCUGUACGAAUAUACUCCCUAUUUACAGCUGUUGCAAUGUGAAAUAUUGUAACAUUUUCUAAUAAAUUAAACCCAAAAGUAGAGGUGGAAAGUGCAGGAUUAGAUGGGGGAAUUGUCCUCCAUUAAUAUUGUCUGCUAAACCUAAUGUAUGGAUUUAAAGAAGUGUGUUUGGGAGGGAGUGUUAAGAAAUAGGGGAGUUUCUCACUUCUCCUGAACUUGAGGAUGGCAUCCUGUUAAUGCUGGCUAAAGAGACACAAUUGUGCAUUGUACUGUGUCUGAUUAAAGAGCAAGUUAAAAAAAAUCUAAAAGUGUAAAAUGUGAUAUUUCAUACCUAUUGAAAAGCAAGUGUUCUUGCAUUUUUGUAAAACACAUUUAAUGCUGUCCAGACAGUUCUAAAUCUUGAAGCUAUUCCACUACAAUAAGUAGCUGUGGCAGGACUAACUUCCCACUUUUUGAUUCUGGAAGUCUGACUUGCUUCUAUGCAGGAACUGCUAUCUUUCUCCCCUUAAGAGAGCUACCUAUGGAAGGUUAUUGAAGACUUUGCAAUCAAAAAAAAAAAAAGUCAAGGACAGUUAAUAUGUAACCCUUAAUAAAGCAGUAUUUGUGUUUUGUGCGAUAUUCUGGCAAUCUCUUUAGAGACUUCUCCACCUUUUAAUUCUCCUGUGAAGCAGCUUGCUCUUCACUGCACUAAAAAUUGACCAAGAGAGUUAUAUUUGCAAGUUACACAACAAUGAAGAUCUGGAUUCCUCCAAAUUUCACUUUUGUUGAAACAUGAUUUUAGUUAUACUGCAUAGUAAGAGCCAAGUUCUAAUGCAGAUCUGAAAAUAGAGCAGAGUGAAGAUUGACAAGCUUAAUGUUUAAUAAAGUCAAAGCAUAGUAAAAGGUUGAAUACUGGCAUCCCUUAAUUCCAAAAGUUCUCACGGGCAAGAAGAUUACUUUAAGAAUACAGAAUAAAGGGUCAGCUUUGUCUCGACUCAUAGAGCCUGAUGGCUAAUCUAUCCAUUUAGAACCUUUAAUGUAUUCUUGCAAUGGCUGUACAUUCAGCCAGCUGUAGUAUGUUUGAUUCUGGAUUUGUAUUAAUGAUACUGUCUAUGCAGUAGCUGGAGUUUUGCUACCAACAACUGUCUUAUAAUGAUCUGGAUAUCUGUUUCUGCAUUAAUAGAGGCCUGUGGGGUUUUUUAAACAGUGCCAAAAAUCAUGUUUUAAAACUCUUCAGUGGGGUUCGAUGCCAUGUAUAAGGCUUUUCAAAAGUAAUUAAUGAUUUUUGAAUGCCUCAGUUUUCUGGGAUAAAGCCUGUGACAGACA